UUUAGGACUCGUUCGCCCCGCUGAGGCCCCGGCGCCCCCGCCAUGGAGGCCCCGCCCGACCCCGGGCCCUACGCUUUGGCCUCGGCCUCGGCUUCGGCCGCGGCGCCGCUGCGCGCCCCGGAGGUGGCGCGGCUCCGCGAGGAGCAGGAAAAGGUGGUCACUAACUGCCAAGAGAAAAUCCAGCACUGGAAGAAGGUAGAUAAUGACUAUAAUGCCCUUCAAGAAAGACUCAGUACCUUGCCUGAUAAGUUGUCUUAUAAUAUCAUGGUACCAUUUGGUCCCUUUGCCUUCAUGCCAGGAAAACUUGUCCAUACUAAUGAAGUCACUGUUUUACUUGGGGACAAUUGGUUUGCAAAAUGUUCAGCAAAGCAGGCUGUGGGCUUAGUUGAGCACCGGAAAGAACAUGUAAGAAAAACAAUAGAUGAUUUAAAAAAAGUGAUGAAAAAUUUUGAAUCCAGAGUUGAAUUCACAGAAGAUUUGCAAAAAAUGAGUGAUGCUGCAGGUGAUAUUGUUGACAUAAGAGAAGAAAUUAAAACUGACUUUGAAUUUAAAGCAAAACACCGAAUUGCUCAUAAGCCUCACUCCAAACCAAAAACUUCAGAUGUUUUUGAAGCAGAAUUUGCAAAUGAUCUAAAACCCAAGGAUCUUCUUGCUGAUAAGGAACUGUGGGAUCGACUUGAAGAACUAGAGAGACAAGAGGAAUUGCUGGGUGAAAUUGAUAUUGAUAGUAAGCCUGAUACUGUGAUUGCAAAUGGAGAAGAUACCUCCUCUGAAGAGGAAAAGGAAGAUCAGAGCAUAAAUGUGAAUGUGGUGCAUGAAGUAACAGACUGUCUCUCUCCCAGCAAUUGUUACAAGAAUGUUACAAGUUCAGAACUGUUCACUGGUCAAGUGAAUAGUCAGUUGAACUGUUCAAUGAAUGGUUCAAAUUCUUACCACAGUGAUGAAGAUGAAGAAGAUGAUGAUGAUGGUGAUGGUGAUGACCAUGAUACCUUAGGGGCUGAAGAUAAUUCUAUACCAACAAUAUAUUUUUCUCAUACUGUCGAACCUAAGAGGGUCCGAAUAAAUACUGGAAAAAAUACCACUUUAAAAUUCAGUGAAAAGAAAGAAGAAGCCAAACGUAAGCGAAAAAACAGCUCUGGCAGUGGUCAUUCUCCCCAAGAGCUGCCUAUGAUCAGGACUCCUGCUGACAUUUACAGGGUCUUUGUUGAUAUCGUGAAUGGAGAAUAUGUCCCUCGUAAGUCCAUCCUGAAGUCUCGCAGUAGAGAGAACAGUGUUUGCAGUGAUACCAGUGAAAGCAGUGCUCCUGACUUCGAUGAUAGACGGGGAGUCUUGAGGAGCAUUAGCUGUGAAGAGGCCACUUGUAGUGAUGCUAGUGAGAGCAUUUUGGAAGAGCAACAACAAGAAAAUCAUCAAAAGAAACUUUUGCCCUUAUCAGUAACACCUGAGCCUUUUUCUGGAACUGUAAUAGAAAAAGAAUUUUUGUCACCCUCCUUAACACCACACCCAGCCAUGGCUCAUCCUGUGCUACCCACCAUUCCAGAACGAAAAGAAGUUCUGUCAGAAGUAUCAGAAGGAACUACAAAGAGAGUUUCAAAGUUCAAAGCUGCCAGAUUGCAGCAGAAGGACUAGGGCCUGCCUAGGAAAUGGGAGUUUACAUCUUAAAACCUAGUUUUGCAAUUGUUUAGAGUAUAUAUAGCAAAAUAUGUUACAUGUAAUUUGAAAUAAGGCAUCCUGAGUUAAUUUGGCAGCAAGUUCUCUUACUCUUAUCAAUGGUAUUAAAAAGAAAUCAAAGUAAAUAUUUAAAUACUUUAAUAUUCAGCUUGUUUUGUUAAUUCUCUGAAUACUGUCAACACUCUUGUUUAAGUUUGCCUUAUGAUGCAGUGGCAGCAUUUUGAAUUAUUUUUCAAAGAAUACUGUUCAUAUGCAUUGUUUUUGUGUUUUCAACUAAAUACUGGCAGUUUUGUACCAGCUGUGAUAUUGUGCACACCAUAUGGACCAUUUUAAAGAAACUUUUAAAAUUUCAAAUAGAUUCAACAGUUAUAUUACUUGCUUUAGCAUUUUAAAAGCACUUUAAAAAAAUCUACUUCUUGUAGGUUUACAGCUAGCUGGCUAUUUUAAAAAAUCUCUCCCCCUUUGACUGUCAUCCUGUGAUCUCUAAGGCAGAAAGCUACAUGUAACCAAGGGAAAGUGUCUUUGAUUGGAAGAAUGGUAUUUUGUAAAAUGGUUUUUUCUUUUUUUUUAAGUAAAAAUUUUAUGAAACUUGGUCUUUAAAAUGUUGUGAACUUUAUGAUUCAGAAUUGAGUGUAGAAAUGUCUGAUUCAUAUAUAUGUUACAUGCACCACACAAUGGAUCCUUGAAUUCUUCCAGUUCCAUAGGCAGUUUUCCGCUAGUGUGUGCAGUUUUAACUGGAAUUAUAUUUUGGGAGAGAAGGAAAGGUCGUCUAGAUGAUAUCAAUAAAUAAAAUUUUAAAAUAAAAAAUUUUAUGUUUUAAUCUUUCGAACAUUUUUGUUCUUUAAGGUUACUUUCCUACUAGUAAAUAAUUGAAUAACAUAUUUACUUUUGGCAGAACUCCUUAAAAUAAAGAGAAAUUUAUUCUAACAUGAAAAUUACACUGCAAGUGUUAAUCAUUAGCUUGAUGCAUGCUAAAAUGUAGCUUUUAAAAAGCAUUCUGCAUUAGUACUAAAAUAAGCCAUCAAUGCCAGUCCACCCUCUAUUCAUGGCUAAAUAUUUAAAGGUUAUUUAUAGCUUCUUUAAUGAAUUCUUGCUUAAACAAAGUGAAAUUAUGUCCUAGAAAAGUAGAAGCUAUUUGUAACUAGAACAGCACAACUGUAAAAGUUUUAUGAAUAUGUAUUUUAAUAAUAAGGGGUGAGCGUGAAUCCCCACAAGUUAAUGGAUAAUUCAGAACAGAGGACUGAUUUUAAAAGAUUGCCUACAAAUGUAGAAGAUUUGUUCCUUAGUAAAUUUUGAUCAACUGUGCAUAUAUUUUUAGUUAAAAAGUUUCUCUCAGCCCAUCCCUCACAAAAAAGACAACAACCAAGAGUACAAUCACAUACACUCAGUGGAGCCGCCAACUCCAAGUGCUUGUUAAGUGAGCCUUUCUAUGUUAGCUUUUUCCCCAGAAACAAACUUCAUUGUGGGAUGAUUGUGGCAUUCCUUACAGACAUAUAAUUUCAAGAGUACUGUCAUUAAAUAAUUUUUCAUGUUCUGCAA